GACAGUUCCCAUACGCCCCCACGCUCCCACUGUGCCCUCAGUCACGGAAGCGGAACUUCCUGCGCAUGGAGGGCGGGACCAGCAUGGCCUGCUAUUGGCCGCCGGCGGCUAUGCCAGGACUCUUCUGCUGCGCGCUGAUUGGCUGCGGAACGUCAACUCCCGGUAUUUGAACCUGGGGCGGGCUUAGCGGACGUCGUUCACGGACUGCGAGAGCAGAUCUUGUUGGGAUUCCUUUGGCUCGGUUUCUCCAGCUCGUUUUUCUUAGCGCGAAGCAGGUACGGCGCUCCUCCCUUGCGGUGGGCGUCCGCGCGGGCCCAAGGAUCAGCAGCCGUAGUCAGAAUGAGUCUGCAUAUAUUAAAUGACGAAAAUGUGCCCAAUGAAAAGAGUUCAGAAUGCCGUGACUUCCUGUUUUCGCCACCAGAAGCUACCGGAAGAUCCUCUGUUCUUCGUCUGUCGCAGAAAGAAAAUGUACAACCCAAGAGCCAAGCUAAAGCCGCAAGGGUGACUUUUCAGACACCUCUUCGGGAUCCACAGACACACAAGAUCUUAAGCCCUAAUAUGACCAGCAAGCUAGAGGCUCCUUUUGCUCUGGAUGACAAUAUUGGGUUACAAAAUGACCGCUAUGUCUUCUUACAGAAAAAGAACCAGUUGCCGUUAGCCCCAGUGGGUGAUACACCUGUGGCUCAGAUGGCAGCCACGAUCCUAAGAGCAGAAGGCGAGUCACAGGAGGGAAUCUUGAAUUCCUCAAGCCUUUCAGCUUUCACAAGUUUUCUGGACAGUGAGCUGUUGGCCCCUCCUAUUGAGCCAGUUCUGGAGCCUUCCCAUCAGGAACCAGAGCAUAUCUUGGAUGGUAAGCUUGAGCCAGUGCUGGAAUCUUCUCAUCAGAGACCAGAGUUUUUCUUGGACAGUGAGCUGUUGGCCCCUCCUAUUGAGCCAGUUCUGGAGCCUUCCCAUCAGGGACCAGAGCCUAUCUUGAACAGUGAGCUGGUGACCUCUCCUAUUGAGCCAGUGCUGGAGCCUUCCCAUCAGGGACCAGAGUCUGUCUUGAACAGUGAGCUGGUGACCCCUCCUAUUGAGCCAGUGCUGGAGCCUUCCCAACAAGGACCAGAGCCUAUCUUGAACAGUGAGCUGGUGACCCCUCCUACUGAGCCAGUGCUGGAGCCUUCCCAACAAGGACCAGAGCCUAUCUUGAACAGUGAGCUGUUGGCUCCUCCUACUGAGCCAGUGCUGGAGCCUUCCCAACAAGGACCAGAGCCUAUCUUGAACAGUGAGCUGGUGACCUCUCCUACUGAGCCAGUGCUGGAGCCUUCCCAACAAGGACCAGAGCCUAUCUUGAACAGUGAGCUGGUGACCCCUCCUACUGAGCCAGUGCCAGAACCUUCCCAUCAGGGACUAGAACCUGUCUUGGACCCAAAGGAAGAGAGCUUCAGAGAUCCAACAGAAGUUCUAGGUACUGGUGCUGAAGUGGAUUAUCUGGAACAGUUUGGAACUUCCUCGUUUAAGGAGUCAGCCUGGAGGAAGCAGUCUUUGUACUUGAAAUUUGACCCCCUUCUGAAAGAGAGCCCUUUGCGGCUAAUGGCAGUGGCCCCAGUGACAAAUAGUACACAGGAUACAGAGGAGUCUGGCUCUGGAAAUCUGAUAGAAGCCAAGCUUGUUGACUUAGAUUUCUUGGGAGGUCUGGAUGUUUCUGUAUCAGCCCCACCCCUAUGUGUCCUUGAGCCUAGAGGUCUCCUUCCUGUUGAGCCUAUUGUGGAUGUGCUGAAAUACAGCCAGAAAGACCUGGAUGCAGUGGUGAAUGUGAUGAAGCAGGAGAACUUGGAGCUGAAAAGCAAGUAUGAGGACCUCAACGCAAAGUAUUUGGAGAUGGGGAAGAUCGUUGAUGGGUUUGAGAAGAUUGUGUACAAGUCAAUGGAGGAGGCUGAGAAACAGAAGGAACUAGCCGAAGACAAAAUCCAAAAGGUUUUAAAAGAGAGAGACCAACUUAAUGCAGACCUGAACUCCAUGGAAAAGUCCUUCUCUGACCUUUUCAAGCGGUUUGAAAAACAGAAGGAAGUGAUUGAAGGCUACCAGAAGAAUGAAGAGUCACUGAAGAAGUGUGUUGAGGAAUACAUAGAGAAGAUUGGAAAAGAAGGCUUGAGGUACCAGGCGCUGAAGGCCCAUGCAGAACAAAAGCUCAAGCUGGCAAAUGAGGAGAUCACCCAAAUACACAGCAAGGGCCUGGCUUUGCAGGCAAGCCUGAGGAAGGCACAGAUGCAGAUCCACUCACUGGAGAAGACUGUGGAGCAGAAGACUAAAGAAAACGAUGAGCUGACCAGGAUCUGUGACGACCUUAUCUCUAAGAUGGAGAAGAUCUGACCAUAGCCAACUGUCACCAGCCCUCUCCUGUCUGUCUGCCCAUUUCUCUCUUAAGUGUGGUUUAUUUAACCUCUAUUCAUUUCUAAAUUACUUUGAAAAGACUAAAGUUUAAUUUGAAACCCAAA